AUGGCCUACCCGACGCCCUACCCGACGCCCCACCCGCCGCCCUCCCCGACGCCUUCCCCGACCCCCUACCCGACGCCCUCCCCGACGGCUUGCCCGACGGCCUUCACGACGCCCUUCCCGACGCCCUUCCCGACGCCCAUCCCGACGUCUUUCCCGACGCCCAGCCCGACGCCCAGCCCGACGUUUCCUCCUGGCUGGCCGACGCCGCAUCCGACGUAUUUUCCCGGGGCUCCCACGCCGGGCGGAGUUGGCGGCGCGGCUGCUACUGGCGACCCCCGCCUGCAGAAUGUCCACGGUGAGCGGUUCGAUCUGAUGUCCCCAAGAGGGGGUUCGCGCUGA